AUGUUGUCUCUCUAUUGUCUACUUGUUACGGUUGCUUCAGUUUUUGCCGCACCUAGAAGACGCGUCGGCGGCGGAUCUCCAGCACAUAACUGCGAAUUUCCUUCCAUUGUCCACCUCCAAAUAUUUGAUCACCUUUCAGAUAACAAGAUUAGCUUAUGUGGAGGCAUUCUGAUUGAUUCUACACACGUACUGACAGCAACUCACUGCGUCAAAGCAAAUGUCAGAAAGGUUAAAGUAAAUAUUGGUUCCAACAACAAAUGGAGUCUUGGUUCUCAGUCAACAACUGCAAGUAGAAUUCUGAAACAUGUUGGAUACGUACAUACUCCAUACCUGAUUAAGAACGACAUUGCCAUACUGACUUUGACGCACCAAGUCAAUGAAACUAGAUGUGUUCGCUAUGCACAAUUGGCCAGAAAAGGAGAAAAAUUCGGUACCCGAAGAUGUAUCGCUGCUGGAUGGGGACAUUUCAAACGUAAAGGUAAAAGUCCUAACCAUUUACAUAAAGUGUCUCUUCAUGCUAUUCCCCAUAAAGUAUGCAAAAGAAAGUCGAAGAUGGAAAUUUCUGAUGGAGUUCUCUGUGCCGGAGAUUUCAAACGAGGUGGACCAUCUACUUGCCAGGGUGACUCUGGUGGCCCACUUUUUUGUCCAAACUCUAAACGUCGAAUGGUUUUGGCAGGAGUAACAUCCUACGGAAAUAAAUGUGACAACGAAGCCAGUGUUUUCAGCGAUGUCGGAUAUUUCCGAGACUGGAUCGAGAGUCACCUGUAA